CUUUGUAUCAUAAAAACAUUUUUCUGUCCUUUCCUCUUUACAUUUUUCAGUCCGAAAUUCAGCAGCAAUCUUAUUUGAUAGAUCGAUAGUGAAACUAGUAUUAGAAGCUCAUGAAACUAGUCUAGGACGCCAGGAAUUUCAAUGUUGGUGUUAUUAUCAAAGAAGAAAGCAUUUGGAUAUCUAUUUUACUUUUUUCCUCUUCUGAAAUCAUCAGAAAAUAAAAGGUUGAAAAAAAUAGUGAUUCAAAUGGAUGCCGAAAAAGAAGAUGAUGAUACUGAAGAACGGAACGACUGCAAGGAACUUAACAGAUGCACACACCCCCUUAGAAACAUUGAGGUCACCCAAAAACAAGUUUUUCGGCGCGCGGGUUUGUAUAAGUUUUUGUGAGUUACCAAUUGUUUCUCUCUGAGUGUCAGCAACAACAUCAUCACGCAUAACAUAAAGGAUACUUAAUCAGGAACUCGAAUUAUUCAAUAUGGAUUUUCACGAAAGCUAUGGGCAGCGAAUUAAUUCUCCCCUCUCGGGAGAACCAUUUCAUGGUGACUUCACUAUUAGUCUCUGUGUCUAACCAACUGGGUACCAUCAUAGCAGAUGAUCUUGUGUACGCGGAUCUCUAUGGCAGCGUACUUGACCUCAAGUACCGGAUACAAUGGAGGAUGGGUUACCCAGUCCCCAGUCAACUCCAUGUUAUGGCACCACCUGGGUCAAUUGAGAUGUUCGAUCAUCAGAUGUUACUCGAUUUCUUAGAUUACUCCCAUGCACCAGUGCUCGUGAUUAUCGGUAACUUGCCACCACCUCAAGUUCAGGUGUUACCGCUUCUUCUGGGUCCUGGUGCUCAACCAGCAGUAGCAGAUGCCAGCAGCAGCACUGGGAGCAAUCAACCACCAGGUGAACCAUGUGGGGCUGAAGAUAAUAAUGUAGAGGAAAAUGAGAAGAGGAAGCAUCCACAAUUGUUGUAUGAGUCCAAACAUUUUUUAAGAGCUACUGGAAUGAACACCCAUCUCGGAAUUGAUCAAACUCGAACAGAUAAUACAGAAUCACUCGCCUAUCUGCUAAUGUACUUCCUAAGAGGAAGAUUGAGAGCAGGAACAAAGAAAAGGAAGUAUGAAAGUAUCUGGAUGAGCCCUCCCCCCUCUUGCUCACCUGCUGCUAUUGCCGGUCCAAAUGCAGGACCCCUUGCCAUUGCAAGUGCUGACAAGCAGACAGUAGUUGGAAAGAGUUGCCUUCUUUUGCGUUUUUCUGAUGAUUCGUUUACCACAACUUUCAUCGCUACAAUAGGGAUUGACUCCAAGAUUAGGACUGUUGAGCUAGAGGGGAAACAUAUCAAAUUGCAAAUAUGGGAUACCGCUGGUCAAGAAUGUUUCCGGACGAUUACCACAGCUUACUACAGGGGAGCUAUGGGUAUAUCGCUUGUAUAUGAUGUGACCGAUGAAUCCUCUUUUAACAACAUUAAGAACUGGAUCAAGAACAUUGAGCAACAUCCAUCAGAUGAUGUUAACAAAGUAUUGGUGGGCAACAAGGCUGAUAUGGAUGAGAGUAAAAGGGCCAUUCCGACGUCGCGAGGUCAGGCACUAGCUGAUGAGUGUGGUAUCAAGUUUUUCGAGAUGAGUGCAAAAACAAUCUUUAAUGUAAAGGAGGUUUUCCUCUCCAUUGCAAAGGAUGUAAAGCAAAGACUUGCAGAAAGUGAAACUAAAGCUGAGGUACGUACUAUCAAGAUAGUCAAACAAGACCCUGCCAGCAGUUCUACUGCUCCUGCAAGAUCAGCCUGCUGUAGUUAAUGAAGACAGUGAUAAAACAAAUGUGAUAUAGUGUAACUCUUGAAAUCAUUAGCAGGUGCCAAUGUUCUAAAGGGGUUCGCAUGUGGUUAAAAACCAAUGGGUUUAUAGUCUCUCCAUUAGUCUGUAAAGACAUUGAAUUAGCCUAUUCAUGGCUUCCAAUUAAUAUAAUCUAAAGAGGUAUAUCCUCUUUUUUCCUUCAAAAGAAAAAAAAGUAAAGACAUUGAACACCUUAUUAAGCUUUACUUUAUAAAAUCUAUGAAUUG